AUGACACGGCCAUGCUCAGCACUACUCGCCCUCCUCGCCGUGCAUGACACAUGCCCCGCUCCAGCAUGGUGGGCCUCCCCGCGCAUUGUCCCGGCGCCCUGCCUGGCCACAGCUGCGCUGGCUGCUGGCCUUGCUCUGACAGCGGCGGCGUGUGCGAUGGCGACGGCGGCUGCUCUCGCCGCCCGCCGCCGCUUUCCGCCUGCCAUGUGGCUCCAUCGCGCUUCACUAGCCGCCCUUGCCGCCUCCGCCGCGGCGCUUGCUACCGAUACCCCAUCGCCGAUCAUUGUUGUGGCGCUGGCGGCAGCAGCAGCGUCUGCCGUCCUUGCUCCUGAGGCGUGGGUGGCGGCGAUAGCUAUGGCGCUGCCUGUAGUUACAGGCGGCUGGAUCUGGGUUGUUGCUCCUUGGCUACCAGGGUCACCGUUACAGCACGUUCUUGCGCGCCGCCGCGCGCUGGCGGGAUCGCUGGCCGGUACCGGCGCCGCGGUUGCGGUGGCUGGGCUGUGGGAGCUGGUUCGCGCGCGUCCAGCGUCUCAUCUGCCUCAUUCGUCGAGCCAACCGGCGCUGGGGCGGGUCAACAUCAACGAGGCGACGCCGCUGCUGGUGCGCGCUCGGGAUGACAACACGACGAGUGCUUCACGACGGCAAUCGCGACUGGCAGGCCUCUGUUUUUCCUGGGUCACACCGCUCAUCCGGGCUGGUGCCUCACGCCAGCUCGGCCGCGAAGACUUGCUCGCUCCUCCGCAACAACUCCAACCGAGCGCCGAUGAUCAGCGCGCGCUGCGGGCUGUGCUUGCUCGCGGCCGCGGUUUGGUCUGGGCACUGGCGAGCGUCUAUGGCUGGCGCUACUUUCCGCUCGGCGGCUUCAAGCUGGGCGCCGACGUGUGCGGCUUUUGCGCGCCUCUACUGCUCAACGUAAUCGUUGGACUCAUCGAGAGUGGCAGCGGCAGCAGCGGACAGGCUUGGGACUGUCUUCCGUCGGCCCGCAAUCAGGGCUACAUCGCGGCAUUGCUUCUUGUGUUCACGCUCGGUGCGGCCGCUGGACUCAACAUUCACUACACCUUUGCCAUGAACUCACUGGCGCUGAGCGUCCAGGCCCAGCUCACGGCAAUGGUGUCAGCCACGGUGCUCACGGCACCAUCGGCGGCGGUAGCGCAGUACUCUGCCGGAGAGCUCAACAACUUUAUCUCGACUGACGCGUCGCGGGUGGUCAACAUUGGUGCCUCGUUCCACGCCGCGUGGUCACUCCCGUUCCAGAUUGCGGUCUCGCUUGCUCUCCUGUAUUCGCAGGUCGGCGAAGCCGCUGCUGCCGGCCUCGUCUUUGCCCUUCUCCUCAUUCCGCUCAACAAGUGGAUUGCUUCUAAGAUCGGCGCCCUCUCAGCCGCAAUGAUGGCCUCCAAAGACGCGCGCCUUGCUGCCACCAAGGCUGUGCUCGCCGAGAUCGAGACGGUCAAGCUCCUGGGUUGGGCGCCGUACCUCGCGCGGCGGGUUGCAAAUGCCCGGCGGACCGAAAUGAUCACCCUUGCCUCGCGCAAGUACCUCGACGCCUGGUGUGUCUACUUUUGGGCGGUGACUCCAGUCCUUGUCUCCAUCCUCACCUUUGGCACCUACACGCUGGUGAUGGGCCGGACGCUGACGCCGACCAAGGUCUUUACAUCACUUGCGCUCUUCAACAUGCUUCUUGGCCCACUCAACGCCUUUCCGUGGGUCCUCAACGGCCUUGUUGAGGCGUGGGUUUCAGCCAAGCGACUCGCGCGGUUCCUCGCCCCGUUGCCGGUCUCGGCCAGCCUCGGCGAGAGCGUAGUCGACACCCGCGGGUGGACUUUUGGCUGGAGCGGGGUCGACGGCGCGUUCCGAGUCCAGGUUCCGGCCCUGAUCGGAGAAGCUGGCGUCGUGGGCGCGCUGGCAGUUGUGGGACGGAACGAGAGCGGCAAGUCGACGCUGCUGAGCGGACUGACUGGCCAGACACCAAUCGCGGGCGGUCCGGGCGUCGGACGGUUGCUUGCCGAGGUACUGGGCGUGUCGGGCGAACGCUCGCUGCGCAUUGGCCUGGUUAGUCAGACACCGUUCCUGGUUGCCGACACGCUUCUUUCCAAUGUGACGUUUGGCGAGCCCGAGGUGGCCGGCCGCCUCGCCGAGGCGGCGGCGGCGGUCUGCCUCGACGCAGAUCUGGCGGAGAUGCCGCUUGGUUGGCAGACGCGCGUUGGACGUGGCGGAUGCCAGAUCUCUGGUGGCCAGCGGAUGCGGGUGGCGCUGGCUCGGAUUGUGUACGCGCGCCACAGGCUCGAUCUUGUCGUGCUCGACGACCCGCUCGCUGCGCUGGACGAUGGCGUGGCCGCUGACCUUGUCGCCAGCGUUUUCCCUCUGCUGGCGGCUGCGGGGGUGCCUGUCGUUGUGGCGACGCCCAAGCUGGAUGCGCGACUACCGGCAUCCUUGUUUGGAGCUGUGUGGCGUGUUGACAGCGGCACGGUUGCACUCGUCGCCGAUGACGAGGUAUUCCACCAGUCUGCAGCCACAACGCAGCCGACUCAAAGCGACACAAGCGAUGUUGGCGCAUUAAGGGGCAGCGGUUCCGAGCUAGUCGAUGCCGAUGACGCGAGUGAGGACGGCGAGGAAGAAGCUCGCGCCGAAGGAGCUCUGGCGCUGUCAACCUACACCCGGUACGGCCGGAUGAUGGGGCUGACCAACUGUGUGGGAUUGACGUGCGCAAUGGUGGCGAUGCAGGCGUCGCGCAAUGUGACCGACUGGUGGCUGGCGUAUUGGGUGGGGGCGCUGCGCCGUGGCGAGGCGCAGUCACUCUCGUUUUACCUUGGCGUCUACGCUGGGCUUGCCGUGGUGAACUCUGCAGCAACGCUUGCGCGUGCAUUUCUGUUUGCACGCGGCGGGAUUGUGGCGGCGAAGCGAAUGCACGCCGAGCUGCUUGACGGUGUACUCGGGGCACCGCUGGCGUUCUUUGGCAACCAUCCGGUCGGGCGGCUGCUCAACCGGUUCUCGUCGGACGCGUGGGCGGUCGACGACUCGCUCCCAUUCAGUCUCAACAUCUUUCUUGCGAACGGAUUUGGGCUCGCGGGUGCGCUUGUGAUCAUUCUGAUUGUGGUGCCUUUGUUUGGCGCUGCGCUUUUGCCUCUGAUGGCGGCGUACGCGGUAGUGGGGCGCGUUUAUAGGGCGUCGUCGCGGGAGCUGAAGCGGCUGGUGGUGGUUGCUCGAUCGCCGCUGUACGAGCACAUCGACGACGUGUCGGCUGGUGCGGCGACGCUCCGGGCGGCCGGUGGACCGGCAUGUGCGGAGUUUACUGGGCGUCUCAACAAGGCGCUUGAGGUCUGGCUUGCGGCGUCGUACACUGAGCUUGCGGCGGGGCAGUGGCUGGCGGUGGCCGUGCAAUCACUCGGAGCGUGUGUGGUUGCCGGCGUGGCACUCAUCGGAGUGGCCAUGUACGUACCAGGUCCAGACGCGACGAGCUCGCCAUCGUCAGCGGCGGGGCUGCUGGGGCUAGUGCUCUCGUACGCGCUCCCGAUCUCGGGCCUGCUCAACGGCCUGCUCAACACGGGCACCGAGACCGAGAAGGAGUUUGUAAGCGUGGAGCGGAUGCUCGAGUACGCUGACGUGCGACCCGAGUCGAUCGACGAUGAGAGCGAGGAAGUGGCUGACGGCUCGGUGGCGGUGGAGCUGACGCGCGCGUGGUAUGGCGGACAUGAGCGAGGUGCCAGGAGACCGAACGCGGUGCUUGUGGAUGCCAGCUUUGAGCUGGCCGCCGGCGACAGGGUGCUCGUGGUGGGGCGGACAGGCGCUGGCAAGUCGUCGCUGGCCAAGCUUCUCGUGGGCGGACUGGAGGUUGCGCCCGGGAGUGACGUUGUUGUGGGCGGGUUGCGUGUACAGGAUGGCAACGUGGCUGCGCUGCGCGCGGGAGUGUGCCUGGUGGGUCAGGACCCGGGUCUGUUUGACGGAAGCGUGGCCUUCAAUGUGGAUGCGUCUGGGCGAGCGAGUGCAGCAAGUGUGCGAGCUGCGCUGGACGCGGUGGGGCUGGGAGAUGUUGCAGUUGACGCACAUGUUGGCGGGCGAACGCUCGGGCGAGGUGCCCGGCAGCGGCUGUGCAUCGCGCGGGCGCUGGUGCGGAAGGCCAAGGUGGUUACGCAGCAUCGAGUGAUGUGGCGGCGGUUGUGCGGCGGGCGCUUGGCGAGCAAGUGA